GGCAUGUUUCUUUCCUGGAAAACGGAACAAUUCAAACUCACACCGUGGAUGCCAUUUCAUAAAGAUCCACCGUCUAAGUAAGUGCUCCAAAGUGCGUAAUAAUGUUGCGCAAAAAGUUAAAACUAGACGAAAAAUUAGCCGGCACAAGUGCAAGUGCUGAAUUUUCACUUUCCCAGUUUGCAAACGUACCCAAAGCAAAGAUAGCUGCCAAUACUGAUCCCACCGAUACCGUACUCGACCCGCGUAAAAGUGAAUCCGAACCGGGAAAAUUAAUCGGAGAUCUAAUUGCACCGACGCCGGAACCGAUUCCCUACUGGCAGCAAGUUUACCUUAUCGAACGAGAGCUAUCGGCAGCACUGCGUAAGGUCGCUCUACCGUCCGAUGUUGCCGCUUGCUAUGAUCCUAUCGAGUACGCCUCGGAACUACAUUGUGCGUAUCUGCAACGCUUCCUCGACGGCCCAAAGCCGGUGCUGUUUAUCGGCAUGAACCCGGGACCGUGGGGCAUGUGCCAAACGGGGGUGCCAUUCGGUUACGUUCCGGCUGUACGGGAUUGGAUGGGAUUGCGAGGAACGGUAGCGAAACCGACACCGGAACUAGCUGCCAGACCGGUCGAAGGCUUGAGCUGUACGCGUGAGGAGCAGAGUGGAAAACGUUGGUGGGGAUUGUACGAGGAACUGUGUGGAACGGCGGACCGAUUCUUCCGCUCCUGCUUCGUGUACAAUCUUUGCCCGUUGGCUUUUUUCCAUCAGACCGGACGCAAUAUUACGCCCAGUGAGCUGAAGGGAAAGUCUAAAGGAGAAAUUCAAUCGAUUUCGGAACAGUUCCUAGCAAAGGCACUGACGUUGCUUAAGCCGAAAAUAGUGGUAUCGGUUGGGCGCUAUACAGAGGAUCGCGUAAAAACGCUUUCAAAGCAGAACAAACUUGAUCCGGCCAUUGUAACGUACUGCAUGCCCCAUCCAAGCCCUCGCAGCUUGAAUAACACAAACUGGCCCGAGAAGGCUAAGCUUUGGCUUACCGAACACGGAAUUCUACCCUACCUCUGUGCGCCGGACACAGCAUCCGGUACCAAGAUCUGAAACUACAUUCUUCCUUACAAAUAUUCCACAGCAUUUUUCCGUUUUUUUUACACUUAAGAUUAAAAAUCGUUACGAUUAUUAGUUUUGCUAAAUGGAACGCUUCAUGGAAGAUGCGCUGCAGCAGGCACGCAUCGCGAACGACCUCCAAGAGGUCCCCGUGGGCUGUGUGUUUGUGCGUGGUGAUAACAGCAAAGGUGAAAUUAUUGCGCGCGGAUGUAACCUCGUAAAUGAAACGAAAAAUGCCACACGCCACGUCGAAUUUAUCUGCAUCGAUCAAGCGCUCGAUUAUGCGCGCCAGAACAAUAUUAUCCCACCGGAAGCAAUCUUCAGCACGGUGACUGUGGUCGUGACCGUUGAACCAUGCAUUAUGUGUGCCGCAGCACUGAUCGAGUUGGGUGUGAAGGAGAUCAUCUACGGAUGCCGGAACGAUCGUUUCGGCGGAUGUACCGUGCUGGAUGUGGCCAGUUUGCUUCGCUCCAACAUUCCCAUUCGUGGUGGGGUACGAGAUACCGAAGCGAUGGAGUUGCUGAAAGAAUUUUACAAAGGAGAAAAUCCAUCCGCACCGACACCAAAGCCACGGCAGGCUAAGAAAUGAAGACACAAAACCCUGAAAUUGAAUCAAAGCGUUACUAUUUGUUUUAAGUUUUUGUACACUACCAUUGUGAGAAAAGUAAUCUUUCCGUUAGUUACGAAGAACUAUAACACUAUAAGCAUUCAAUGGAAGAUAAAGAAAUAAACUUUCAAAUUGAAUGAAAUGCUUCCAAAUGUUCAUUUUUACUUUAUUCCUCCCUCCAACGGUUCAUAGUAACAACAGAAACUUACUGCACUAAAACAAACUACUAGGUACUCUCUCCCUAACUGGCCAACCCGACCCGCCACACACACACACACACUAACUCCGGGGCGAGUUGGAAAAGAACUGACUGGCUGACCAGUUCGGUCGUCUUACAAGCCACAAUAGCAAAAUGCAGGAUAAUGUACACUCUGCCGGCCGGGGCAGUUCUACACCUUACAUCGUCGGGUCACUAUUAUAUCACUAGCAGUGUGUGUGUGUGUGUGUCUGUGUGUGAUUUUAAUAAUCAUCUUAACCAUUAUUACAUGCUUACAAAUAUACACAUCCAUUUCGAGUUCGGAGCUCUUCGAAUAGAUAAGCGUCAGUUUCCAACUACUUAAUCCUCCAUCUGCUGGGAUAUUAGAACCGUUUUCGGUUUGAUGGUGGAUGCACGGUCGAUCGUCUUGUUCCCUCAAUCGUUUCUCUCAAAAGCGGUCAAUAACGCUCUUGUUCGCAUUGUAUAAUCGUUUAUAAUUAGUAACGCAUUACAUAUAUAUUAUCCCGCUCGUUUAGUUUCACUCGGCAGAUAAAUACUUAUAAUCGUUACGCCGCCGAUGCUUGCAGCAGCAGUGGUUGAGUUGACCCACGCGUCCAUAACAGUAUGGUGGACAUCAUCACAUCACAAAUAUGCUCCGGAUACCCGGAUGUCCGCAUUACACGGUUAGCCAUUCUAGUGUCACCCUUGUAACAAGUUCAAAAGUCUCUUCUCCGUCUAAGCGCAUCGUUGCAGUCCGCCGUCCGCAUCAUACAAAUGGAUGCGUUGCGUUCCAAAAAGAAAAAGCGAUUGUUCCACACACACACAUAUACCCAUUGGAGUGGUAAUAUAUAACAGCAUAUACUACAUCUCAUCAUUAUUUGUGGCGUGUUUUUAACCCGUUCGUCGUAAUCUUAGUUUUUAUUAUCGAAUCACAUUGAUCACCCAUUCUCAUUCACCCCAUUGAUCACCCCAUUGCUCAUCUCGUCUCGGCAAACUGGCACUCGCUUCUACUAGGUUGAUUAAUCAACAAGUGUAGCUGUAACACCACUUUAUAGUUUGACCGGGUUCUGUCGUUCAAAUUUUGCUUUCCCAUUUGGUUUGUUUGAUUCACAAUAUAAUCAAACUAACAGUUCGCCCGCCCACUGGCUACUUUUUCCGCUAGGUUAGAGAAAAAAGAGAAAUCACAUAUCAUUUGCAUUGUGUCGCAUUGGUUUUUUGUUUUUUUUUAAUAUUAUUAUAGUUGUACAAUGUAAAUUAUCCGCUACGUAUAUAUGGUUUUACAGUACUUGUAUAAUAUAUCUCCCGCCCGUGUGGUGCCGUGUGCCGUGUUUUUUUUUUCAGCUCUGUCCUCUGUCCUAUUGGGGUGUUUCGAUUACAAAACAAUCGAUUUCCAGAGUCCGAAUAAACACACACACACACAAUCAAUUGCAUACUUUUUGCUGGUUUUACGAUAAAAAAGAUUUUUCCAUUUUUUUUGUUGUAAUUUUCUUACUUUGUUUAAAUUUUUCCAUUUUAACUUGUUUGAAUCCACCGUUCGGGGGAAAGAAUGCCCCUCCCCCCCCCCCCCCCCCCCUACGUUCCUUCCAUCCACGAAUGCGAUCUGGAUCGCAAUUCCGCCCCGAUCUAAUAAUAAUGCCCACUUUUAGUUUGAUUCUGAUGCCGUCGCCGCGUAUUAGCUUUAGUUAAACAAAAAAAA